AUUCGUCGUCCAAGUGAAAUUACACGGUUCGGGUUUAACCCUAAUAGAAAAAAGGAAAUAGAAAGAGAAUAAAAAAGGUAACUUGAGUCCCACCCAACUCAUUCCCCGCUUUCGUUUUGUUUUCAUCACUUUAACAAGCACGAAGUUGCCAAUUCUCCAUAUCUACGUUCGAAACCACCUUCUCCAUAGAAGAAUAUGGCUAAGAUUACUCUGAGGGUUGUUAGAAAGCCCAACUUGAUGAAGAAGAAGAAGCAGCAGAAGAAUACUAGCAUCUCUGUCAAAGAGAUAACCAAAGCAUCUUUCGAGACCGCCCUUCCGAAGAAACCUUCCGCCCACAAAACCCUAGACGACGACGAUAACAACAAAGGUAGAAUCAAUUCGUCCUCGUGGGUUAAAUCUCUCUUACUCGGAAGAGGAGCCUACGGUUCGGUUUAUCUAGGUACCAGUAAGAGCAAGACACACCAAACCGGUGAAAGAGCCAUCAAAACUGCUGAGCUUUCUCACGCUUCAAGCCUCAUGGACGAAGGCAGGAUCAUGAUCCGCUUACAAUCGCCUUUCAUUGUCCGUUGCUACGGCGACGAGAUCGCACGCGAGGACUGUUCUACGCAAUACAAUCUGAUUCUCGAGUAUUGCUCUGGCAAAACCAUUGCCGACUUGAUCGAGGAUAACCACGGCGAGCUACUUGAGUCGGAGGCCAAAGUUUUCGCUAGAGAUGUCUUGUCUGGUCUCACUUACAUCCACGACAGAAACAUCGUUCACUGCGACAUCAAACCCGACAACCUCUUACUCUCCCCUACCGCUGUCCGGUUCAGGUCUACUGGGUACUUGACCAAGAUUGGGGAUUUUGGAUUAGCUAUGGAGAAAGGGUCGCUCGAUUACGGUAACGGAUACGGCCACAAGAGAGGCACCACGAGGUACAUAGCUCCGGAGCUUAUUGGGCAGGGCUUUGUGGACUUUGGAGUGGACGUGUGGGCCUUUGGAUGCACGGUCUUGGAGAUGUUAUCCGGAACAUCAGUUUGGGGAGAAUAUGGUGAUCUUGCUUUUGAUGAUUGGGUCAAUCUCAUUGGCCACAGCGAUCGCAUGCCUCAUGUACCGGCUUGGUUAUCUAAAGAAGCACUAGAUUUCUUGAGCAGAUGCUUGGAGAGAGACGUUAACAAGAGGUGGUCUACGCAUGAACUCAAGAACCAUCCUUUUGUUCUGCUAUGAGGAAGGCCAAGAAGAUAAACUAAUUGAUUGAUGUUUAAUGUUCUUUCAAUUGUUUGGAACAGUUUUGUAUUCUUCUCGUAUAUGAUAUGUUUUGUCGUUUGGUAUAAAGCCUUGUAACUGCUACUUGUAUUGUCUUCUAAUUGCUAUAUGUACCACUUUGAGUUUUGUUAUUUAUUCAUUAUUAGUAUACAAUUCCAGAACCAAUUCUCUAUAAUGAAUGAUUGUUAUAAAAGAGAUCCAAUUCUGUGUCUGAAGAAACCAUUACAAAGAGGCAAACGAACAUGAGAAACCAUAUUUUAUGGAAAGUCUUUACGCAAACUCAUUGGUCAAUAUUUGUCAAAUUUGGAAGGUGGGUAGAGAGUUUAUCCAGUUUGUAUCCAAUUUAGUUAUAAUAUAUAUUGAAAUUACAUAAACCAAAUGAAAUCAAUUCUUGUUUAAUUAUGAGAAUUGGACACCCCUUACCAUGAUUCUAUCAAAUUCAUGUAUGUUGAUCAUUAUCAAUGCACCUUUUGAAGAAACAGAAACAAAAACAUACAAACUAUGUGUCCUGACUCACAAACCAAACGCCACUCAAGUUUCCCAGACUCGAGAGUCGUAGUAGAGGAAUGUGUUGGUGCAAGAAAGACUAAGAAACAACAAGUUAUUUUGCGGUGAUUCUUCCAAACCCGGUAAUAAGUAGAUGAACCAAUGAAAAUGAAGAGAGAGAGA